GGCCUUUUUUGGCUCUUUUUCACUUUACAUUCUGGGUGGCCGAUAAAAAAUCUGAUAGCAAAUUUUUUUAUUGUAUUUUACAUAAAUUCAAAAAACAAUACUUUUUUACUGAAUAUACACCACACCCUUUGUUUAUUUCAUCAUGCGCGCGGUUUUGCAAAAGGUGCUCCAGGCGAGCGUUACUGUCAGUGACAAAGUGGUGGGCAAGAUCGGUCCAGGCGUCUGCGUUCUCAUCGGCAUCAGCCACGAGGACACCCGCGAUGACCUAGAAUACAUGGCAAAAAAGAUCCUCAGCAUGCGCGUUUUUGAGGACCAGAGCGGGGCCAUGUGGAAAAAGAACGUCAAAGAUCUCGGACUUCAAAUACUCUGUGUCUCUCAGUUCACACUCUACGGAAAGACCACCAAGGGAUCGAAACCUGAUUUCCAUGAGGCAAUGAAGUCGUCCGAGUCCAGACAGUUCUUUGACGAUUUCGUUAAGCGGCUAGACGGGGAGUUUGGCGCUAUGAUGCAGGUGGCCCUGGUUAACGAUGGGCCGGUGACACUGCAGCUGGACUCGAGGAAGUUUUCGUAUGAAGCCGCAAAGCCUGACCAAAAGCUGAAUGCCAUUGCUGCUGCCAAAGAGCAGAGGCGCCAGGGAUUUGCCGGCGCAUCCAGUACAUCCACCGCGUCUGCCACGCCUGUUGACACGGUCAAGGAGACCGAAAAUUAGAUUAAUUUCACUUUUAAUUUUUUUUACGAGUUUGCAAUAAACAAAAAAUUGCAAAGAA